CAGUUUGUGUCACUAAUAUUUAUUUAACAUUUAGAUGAAAAUACACAGCAUACGCUAACAUUUUACUUUUAGUGGCUUAAAGUGAUCAAUAGCAACUUACGAAGCGUCCAUUUUUAUGAAGAAAGCAUAAGAAUGGUUGGCAAAUCUUCUGUUUCAGUGAUUCAGGAAUAUUAUGCUAAAAACAAAGUACCACCACCUAUUUAUGAUUUUCUGGACGAAGAGGACGGUAGCUUUUGUUGUAAGAUUAACUUCAUGGAGACCGACGCUGUGGGUAUAGGACGUUCAAAGCGCGAUGCCAAGCAUAAUGCCGCCGCUGUCCUCAUAAAAAGAUUGCGUCUCGAUGAUUCAUUUCAAUCGGGCGAUGAUGCCGCUGGAGGCAUACCACCCACUGAUAUGAUUGUACAAUUGCGUGACUAUUGCGUGCAACAGGAUAUGCCUUUGCCAACAUUUGAAAUUGUACAACAGGCUGGCACGCCGGAUGCGCCGGAAUUCACGGCGUUGUGUACAGUUGCUUCUAUACGUCGUUAUGGCGUAUCGGAAAAGAAAAAGGACGCACGACAAAAGGCAGCAUAUGAAAUGUUGCUUGCCAUUGUUGAUGAUGUAAAUAAGCUGGAGCAAAAUAUGCAAAUAACUACGCUGCAAAAUGCACAAAAGGAGAUCGACGAAGAACGUUAUCAAAAAUUUAAAACUUAUCGUGAGCUUACGGAAUCGACCACUGGCGAUAUACCUGGUGUACGAAUUUGUGAUAGACAUAAUUUUUUCAAAAAAUUCUAUCCUGAAUUGCGCGAAGCAGCGCAUAAAAUACUUAGAACUAGCUACGACUCGGUGGAGGAUCAAGCCUUGGAUGUACUGGAAGCAUUAAAAAUCAAACCCAAAAUUACUCAAGCACCAUCAGAAAAAGCCGGUCCCCUCUUUUUUAUCGAAUUGAAUUGUGACUAUGAUGUGGUAUUUGCUGGACUGGCAGAUAAAGUGUACGAUGAUAUAAUUGAUUAUUUCAAAGUGAUGCUUUAAAUCGCUUAAUUUCUGCGGAUGAAUUGCUGUUCUGCUGUUUUUGAAUACACAAGUAUGUAAUAUUAAAAUAUGUGAUGCAUGGAUUAUUUAAAAUGAAUUAUUAUUAAAAUUAAAAAUAAAGUACCAUAUUUUCAAAUAAUUUA